CUUCAGUGAAUGGUAAGUCCGUGUCCACUCCUCUAAACCGACGGCGUCUGUUGACUCCCUAAUCCGACGUGUGAACCGGGAUGCUGGGGGAUCCAUGAAGCCGUGGGCUCCUGGGCAUGGUCCUCUCACCACCAGGAAAUUAAUGUAGGCUAUAUCUCGUAAACAGCUCUCAUUAUCAGCAGUAAACACGCAGCAGUAAAGUCCGCAUGAGAGAGGUUCCUCUGUUUAAUUUUAGACGUUUUCUUGAAAUUCUUUGACGGUUGAGAGGAGGCAGCAGCAGCAGCCACAGGGAGCAGAACUAACGACCGUUUGACAGGUGCCGUCGCCCGGCUCUGCGUGGAGAGAUGCCGCCCGUCCAGAGAACGAUGUCUGAUCUUCGGACCCGGGCUGACGGAUAUGAAAAAACAGAAGAUGCAUCAGAAAAGACAUCCUUAGCUGACCAAGAAGAUGCCCGAAUGAUAUACCUCAACCAGCCGCAGUUCACCAAGUUUUGCAGCAAUCGAGUCAGCACAGCCAAAUAUAAUUUCCUCACCUUCCUUCCCCGGUUCCUCUACUCACAGUUCAGGAGGGCAGCCAACGCCUUCUUUCUCUUCAUUGCACUCUUGCAGCAAAUCCCAGAUGUGUCUCCCACUGGUCGCUGGACCACACUGGUGCCGCUGCUCUUCAUCUUGGUGGUGGCUGCUGUUAAGGAGUUCAUUGAGGAUUUGAAACGUCACAAUGCGGACAGUGUUGUCAACAAAAAGGAAUGUCAAGUACUGAGGAAUGGUGCCUGGGAAAUUGUGCACUGGGAGAAGGUUGAAGUGGGCGAUGUUUUUAGAGUAAAUGGCAGUGAUUUCGUUCCCGCGGAUGCUGUCAUUUUAUCGUCCAGUGAACCACAGGGUAUGUGCUACAUUGAAACGUCUAACUUGGAUGGAGAAACAAACCUUAAAAUCAGACAGGGUCUCCAAAUGACGGCAGAAAUAAAAGACAUCGACAGCCUGAUGCGUCUCUCUGGGCGGAUGGAGUGCGAGAGCCCAAACCGCCAUCUGUAUGAGUUUGUUGGAAACAUCCGCCUGGAUGGACACAGCACAGUACCACUGGGCCCAGACCAGAUCUUACUGAGAGGAGCCCAGCUGAGGAACACCCAAUGGGUCCAUGGUGUGGUGGUCUACACUGGACAUGACACAAAGCUCAUGCAGAAUUCCACUCGGCCUCCUCUGAAGCUCUCCAACGUGGAGCGUAUCACCAACUUUCAGAUCCUUGUGCUGUUUGGCUGCCUGUUGGCCAUCUCUCUGGUCUGCUCCAUUGGCCAAACCAUCUGGAAGUACCAGUACGGCAAUGAUGCCUGGUACAUGGAUCUCAACUAUGGCGGGGCGGCUAACUUUGGCCUCAACUUUCUCACCUUCAUCAUCCUGUUCAACAACCUGAUCCCCAUCAGUCUCCUGGUCACACUGGAGGUUAUCAAGUUCAUCCAAGCCUUUUUCAUCAACUGGGACACCGAUAUGCUCUAUGAGCCCACAAACACACCUGCCAUGGCUCGCACCUCCAAUCUGAAUGAAGAAUUAGGCCAGGUGAAAUACAUUUUCUCUGACAAGACGGGGACUCUGACCUGCAACGUCAUGCAGUUCAAGAAGUGCACUAUCGCGGGUGUGGCCUAUGGCCACGUCCCUGAGGCUGAGGAGGGUAGUUUUGCAGAGGACGACUGGCACAGCACACACUCAUCAGAGGAGGCCGGAUUUAAUGACCCGAGCUUACUGGAAAACCUCCAAAGUAAUCACCCUACAGCUGCUGUCAUCCUGGAGUUCAUGACCAUGAUGGCCAUCUGUCACACUGCAGUCCCCGAGUGCACCGAUGGAAAAAUCGUCUACCAGGCUGCGUCUCCAGAUGAAGGUGCUCUGGUGAGGGCAGCCCGAAACCUUGGCUUUGUUUUUUCUGGUAGAACCCCUGACAGCGUCAUUGUGCAGUUGCUUGGAACAGAGGACAAGUAUGAACUGCUUCAUGUGCUGGAGUUUACAAGUGCGAGGAAGAGGAUGUCAGUCAUCAUGCGCACCCCAUCUGGGAAGAUCCGCCUCUACUGCAAAGGAGCUGAUACAGUGAUCUAUGACCGUCUGGCAGACAGCUCUAGGUACAAAGAGAUCACGUUGAAGCACCUGGAACAGUUUGCUACUGAGGGGCUGCGCACUCUGUGCUUUGCGGUGGCAGACAUCAGUGAGUCGUCCUAUCAGCAGUGGCUGGAGCUCCACCACAGAGCCUGCACCUCCCUGCAGAACAGAGCCCUCAAACUUGAAGAGAGCUACGAACUGAUAGAAAAGAACCUGCAGCUCCUGGGGGCCACAGCAAUCGAGGACAAGCUCCAGGAUAAGGUGCCCGAGACCAUAGAGACUCUGAUGAAGGCUGACAUCAAGAUCUGGAUCCUAACCGGGGACAAACAGGAAACAGCCAUCAAUAUUGGACAUUCCUGCAAACUACUGACCAAGAACAUGGGGAUGCUUGUGAUCAAUGAAGACACUCUUGAUGGAACAAGGGAACUACUUAGCCACCACUGUGGAAUGCUGGGAGAUGCCCUCUACAAGGAAAACGACUUUGCUCUCAUUAUUGACGGGAAGACUCUCAAAUACGCCCUUACAUUCGGAGUGAGACAGUACUUCCUGGACCUCGCCCUCUCCUGUAAAGCUGUCAUAUGCUGCAGAGUAUCUCCUCUUCAGAAGUCAGAGGUGGUGGAGAUGGUCAAGAAACAGGUGAAAGUGAUCACACUGGCCAUUGGUGAUGGUGCCAACGACGUGGGAAUGAUCCAGACAGCUCAUGUCGGAGUGGGAAUCUCAGGCAACGAAGGUCUGCAGGCAGCAAACUCCUCUGACUACUCCAUUGCCCAGUUCAAAUACUUGAAGAAUCUGCUGCUCGUCCAUGGAGCCUGGAAUUACAACCGUGUAGCCAAGUGUAUCCUGUACUGCUUCUACAAGAAUAUUGUCCUCUACAUCAUUGAGAUCUGGUUCGCGUUCGUCAAUGGCUUCUCAGGUCAAAUUCUUUUUGAACGCUGGUGUAUCGGCUUGUACAACGUGAUCUUCACUGCUCUGCCUCCUCUCACUCUGGGAAUAUUUGAACGCUCCUGCAGGAAAGAGAACAUGCUGAAAUACCCAGAACUCUACAAAACCUCCCAGAAUGCCAUGGGUUUUAAUACCAAGGUCUUCUGGGCCCAUUGUCUGAACGGCCUCUUCCACUCCGUCAUCCUCUUCUGGUUCCCUCUUAAAGCCUUCCAGCAUGAUACUGUUUUUGGCAACGGAAGAACUCCAGACUAUCUCCUCUUAGGCAACAUGGUUUACACAUUUGUGGUCAUCACAGUUUGUCUUAAAGCCGGUAUUGAGACCUCAUCCUGGACCAUGUUCAGUCACAUCGCCAUCUGGGGAAGCAUCGGCCUGUGGGUAGUGUUUUUCAUUAUCUACUCCUCCCUGUGGCCCCUCAUCCCUCUGGCUCCUGACAUGUCAGGCGAGGCGAGCAUGAUGUUCAGUUCGGGGGUCUUCUGGAUGGGCCUGUUCUUCAUCCCAGUCACCUCGCUGGUCUUUGACGUUGCCUUCAAAGUGGUGAAGAAGGUGUGUUUCAAGACUCUGGUGGAUGAGGUGCAGGAGCUUGAGGCUUUAUCCAAAGACCCUGGAGCAGUGGUGCAUGGAAAGAGUUUGACGGAGAGGGCCCAGCUCCUGAAGAACGUGUUCAAGAAGAGCACAGUCAGUUUGUACCGGUCUGACUCCAUGCAGCAGAACCUGCUCCACGGCUACGCCUUCUCUCAAGACGAGAACGGAGUGGUGUCCCAGUCUGAGGUCAUCAGAGCGUACGACACCACCAAACAGAGGACCAACGAGUGGUGAGCCGCCGGCCUUCUUGUUCCAGGCUGGCCAAUCCGGAGCCACGACAGCCGUUUCUAAUGGCAAUAUUUGAAGCUUAGAGGGGAGAGGCCAAAGUGUGAGCUUGUGCCUCCAGCAAUGAAGGAGAUUUUGGACAGAAUGUGAAAGUAACAGAGGAAAGUGACGUUGUGUAAUCUUUGAAAAGGGAAAAAAAAAAAAAACAAGGAACAAAACAAACCGUGUUCAUUUCAGCUGUAGUUGUGUGUCCAGCAGACAUGAUGAGCACUGUGCUUUCUUAGCAGCCUGUGGUCUGAAGUUCUUCAAUGUUCUCGCUCAGUUUCUCGGAGUGACCGUCUCCUAUCUAUUGAUUUAAGGAAAGACAGUUUUAGCACUGAGCCAAAAAUUAUUUUAUUGAAUUAAAAUCAAACUCCUAAACACUGUUAUUCUAAAAAGUUAAAACACUGGAUGAUGAUUAGUUUUAGAGGAUUUGAACUUGUGAAAGAUUGCCAAAGAGCAGUCGUAUAUACAAUCUUCAAAGUACUAGUGAAUUUGGAAAACUUAAAACCAAAUGUAAUCACACUCCUGAGUGUAUUCCAACACUAAAUGGACCACUUCAGAGCAGAUAUGUAAUAUUUAAAUUUUCUUUUUGCACUUAUGGAAGCAUCUCUUGUGUAAAGCCUUACAUUUACUCAUGCCUUUAUCCUCGUUUCUUUUAAAAUACAUUUAUUUUCUUUUUUUAGUUUCAUUUUUAAAGUAUGUAGAUAUUGUGCCUGGUUCUGUUUAUUUACACAUUUUUAUUUUUAAGAAGUUGCCUCCUGCAACAUACAGUAGUCCUGUUUCCACCGUUUUUACAGCAGAAGCAUUGCUCUUGACGAAUAAUUGCAUUCCACACAUCACUCCUGUCUCAACAAUCACGACGGUGCCUACGUAGAACUUUUCCCUCUUAGAAGAAAACGAUAGCCAAGAAUAGUCUAACCAGCUAGCUUAGACCAGUGCUCCACACACACCUACUGAAGACAAAACCACUGUCUCCCCCACCACAGUACUGCAGUCAUACAAUGUGAAAACUGCAGAGUGCCUUGUGGCACGUGUAAAAGUGAAGAUUUGUUCCUGCAGAGGUGAACGGGAGGCUGUCUGAUGGUCUUGUUGAAGCUUAAGGUGGUGAUAGUGUUUCCCUUCAAAUGGAGAUUUUAUCCUUCUAACAUAAGUGCCAUUAGCUUAAGGGAGAGAGAAAUAUUAGCCAGGAAAACUCCACAACAUUAUCAAAACUACUUUGUCUCUAUAGUUAUUUUGUGGAUUUGUAUUUUUAUAUUGGAGAUGUAUGAAUUUUGCAUUGACUGGCUUUGUAAUGACUCGUCUGUAACUUUUUGUUUUUUUUCCUCUGAUAAACUGGCAGGAUAGAAUCGAUCGAAUGAGGAAACUGAGCUUUCUUAAAUGUCUUGUUAAUAUUAAUAUUAAUAUUGUUAUAGCUUGAUUUAUUUAUGAUUGACUACUUAAUGUCUGUGUGAUUGCUUUCUUCUCCCUAUGGGAGAUCAGAUUUCUGAUGGUGUGUGUGUGUCGGUUUAUUGCUUGCAUGUGCAUGUGCUGUCUGUGGGUCUGUGUGUGUGUGUGUGUGUGUGUGUGUGUCUGUCUGUCUGUCUGUCUGUCUGUCUGUCUGUCUGUGUGUGUGUGUGUGUGAGUGAGAGAGAGAAAGAGAGAGAGAGAGUGUGUGUGUGUGAGACCUCUACAGAGGAUAACUUCUAUGUAUGCAUUGCAUGUCUGUGUCCUCUGUGUGAGACUGGGAGUUCUCCUGGUGUGUUUCUUUUAUCGUGUGUGUCUGUGUGUGACGCUUGCUCCAGUUGUCCGUCUGCACGACUCCAGGUAUAGCUAUGGUGUACUACUGUGUGCUGAUGCAUGGCCCAUAUGGGAAGGUGAGAGUGUCAGUGUGCAGUGUGUGUGUCAGUGUGCUGUAUGACUGUGUGUGUGUGUGUGUCAGUGUGCGCGUGUGUGUGCGUGCGUGCACGUAUUUGUGGUCAAACUCUCAGCCUCGACUGUGGGAGUUUUUGAUGCUCAGCUCGCUUCGACAGGAGAUGUUGCACAAUGCACUCGAUGUACCUUUCCAGUAGUGGAUAUCUGGUAUCUGGUUUCGGUAAAUUAUUUCUCUUGAGUGUACAUGGUUGUAACUUGUUUCAUUCAUGCAGUGUACCUCUGCUUUACAGGAAAGCUCUUUUGUGUUUCUCAGUUGAGUGAGGGUUAAUGAUUUUCUUUUUCUCUGCUGGUCUUUAGUGUUAAAACUUAAUUAGUUGUCAUCUUGUCGAAAAUUUCCAAACUGCUGAAUGUGGAUGUCGUCGUUGUGGAAGGCUUGGACUGUUGCUUUCUUUUUCCAGAAAACAUAAAACAUGUUGUUGUCUGUGAAAGUCGUGGGCUGCAUGAAUGGAUAACACAAACUGUUCUCUGAAGUGUUAACUGUACUACUUUGAUUCUCCCUCGAGUGUUGAUCACUUUACAAAAGAGAAAAAAAUGCACCUUUAACUUUUAUUUUCAGUAUUCAUUUCUUUUUUGUCAUUUUGUUCAAUGAUUGUUCUGCAUGUUGGGACUGCAAACUUAUAAGUGUUGUCUUUUACUGCCAUGAAGGACUACUGAAAUAAACUUUACAAUGAUGGAGGAACAA